CGACUUGAACCCUAACUCUUGUCCACCAGUAGGGCCAGCUGCACAUUACAUAGGGUUUCUGAUUUGUGAUUGUGAGCAGUGAGAGACCUUGCGUUGCUCGUGUUUUAGGGUUUCAAUGGCUGCCAAUGCCAUGACCACCGCCUUCAAGGCAAACACAGAGUUGUCUCGUUGUGUUAAAUCUUCGCUAAGACCCUCCUCCUCCAAAGCCAACCCUAAUGAAGCCCAACUAUGCAGACUGCCAAUCGGACUUCCCUUCAACAACUUCUCCUCCGGUCUCUCUCUGACUUCGGCCGGUAAUAUUUCACAGAGCAGACGCGUAAUGUCAGUGUCGAAGAACAACGAGUCCUCCAAUGAUUUUAGUGCUAGCCGACGUGGUGAUGACAGUUGGACGUACAAGGAUGCUGGUGUAGAUAUAGAUGCUGGGAUGGCACUUGUUGAUAUAAUUAAACAGGAGGAUCCUGAAAUUGGGUCAUUUGGGGGUAUUGUCCAAGAUGAGAUUCUCGAUGAUGUAUGCCUUGUUCACGGUACAGACGGUGUUGGAACGAAACUUAAGCUUGCAUUUGAGACUGGAAAUCAUGAAACCAUUGGUAUUGAUUUGGUUGCUAUGAAUGUCAAUGAUAUUGUUACUCUUGGGGCCAAGCCAGUAUCUUUUCAAGAUUACUUUGCUACAGGCCGCCUUGAUGUUGAUAUUGCUGCAAAGGUUAUAAAAGGUAUUCGUAAUGGUUGCAAACAAUCUGGCUGUAAACUUUCGGGCGGAGAGACUGCCGAGAUGCCAGGUUUUUAUAAGGAUGGCGAGUAUGACCUGGGUGGCUCUGCUGUUGGAGUUGUGAAAAAGGGAUCUAUCAUUGAUGGGAAAAACAUUGUGGCUGGAGAUGUUCUCAUUGGCCUACCGUCUAGUGGGGUUCAUUCUAAUGGUUUCUCUCUUGUGAGAAGAGUUCUGGCUGAUAGUGGGCUUUCUCUCAAGGACCAACUACCUGGUGGAGAAGCUAUCACAUUAGGUGAAGCUUUGAUGGUCCCAACUGUGAUAUACGUUAAGCAGGUGCUCGACUUAAUAAGGAAGGGAGGAGUCAAAGGAGUAGCUCAUAUCACAGGGGGUGGUCUCACAGAAAAUAUACCCCGAGUGUUCCCGAAAGGCCUAGGAGCUGUCAUUUAUAAAGAUUCAUGGGAAGUCCCACCUGUUUUCAAAUGGAUCCAAGAAGCCGGAAGGGUUAAAGAUGCUGAGAUGAGACGAACUUUUAACAUGGGCAUUGGAAUGGUUCUUGUUGUGAGUCAGGAGGCGUCCCACGGAAUACUCGGGGAGGAUGGAAAUGGAGCUGCCUAUAAAGCUUACCGCAUUGGUGAGGUAGCAAGCGGUCUUGAAGGAGUGACUUAUAUAUAGUUAAGUAACGUCAACUGUGUGACUGUGUCUUUAGAGGUUGUAUUAAUUGAAGAGGGAUCUCAAAAGACUACUGCAUAAUUUAUUUGUUGAAGGUACUUUGAUAAUACUGGUAAGAUUUACAUUCCUCUUUAAUCA